GGUGGGAAUAAAAUGAAACGGAGUGGAGGUAAUCCUGCUGCCGUUUGACACGUAGACCAUUGCAUUACGUGUCCAGAGUACAUCCACGCUCUGGGAUUUCAACAUCCGGUGCAAGCGGAGGUGGCAAUGGCAGCGGGCACGAGCACACGCAAACCAGGUGCUCCAUCUACUAAGCAACCCCAAGGGUCAUGUGGAGGAAGAAGACAAGGCAAGGACCCCAAAUCAACAGGGCCGCAAAUCAGGAGCCGAAUGUGGCGCCUGUUCGGCUUUGAGAAGGAGGACAUCUCAUCAUGGGACCGAUUCGUGUGUCUCCUGAAUCGCCCCACCGACCCGGCAUCGCUUGGGAUCUUCCGGUGUCUCUUUGGUCUGCUGAUGGCCAUAGACAUCACGCAGGAACGCGGUCUCAGUCACCUGGACUACAAAUACCUGGACGGGGCUCCUGUGUGCCGCUUUCCUCUCUUUAACUUUCUGGAGCCUUUGCCUAUGGACUGGAUGUACCUCGUCUAUCUGGUGAUGUUCCUUGGUGCUGUUGGUAUCAUGCUCGGCUGUUUUUAUCGCUUCUCCUGCCUCAUGUUCAUCUCCACCUACUGGUACAUUUUCUUCCUGGACAAAACGGCCUGGAACAAUCACUCGUACCUCUACGGGCUCAUCGGCUUCCAGCUCACGCUCAUGGAUGCUAACAGAUACUGGUCAAUCGAUGGACUCCGUAACCCUCGUAAGAGGAACGCACAAGUGCCGUUGUGGAAUUAUACUCUGCUCAGAGCGCAGAUCUUCAUUGUCUACUUCAUUGCUGGGGUGAAAAAGCUGGAUGCUGAUUGGGUGGAGGGAUACUCCAUGAAAAAUCUAGCUCAUCACUGGCUUUUUGACCCUUUCAAGCUGAUCCUGCCUGUGGAGUUGGUCAGUCUGAUGGUGGUCCAUGGUGGAGGUCUUAUCCUGGAUCUCACAGCUGGUUAUCUGCUGUUUUUCGAUGCCACACGUCCAAUUGCCUUCUUCUUCGUCAGCUACUUUCACUGCAUGAACUCACAACUCUUCGAAAUAGGAAUGUUUGCCUACACCAUGCUUUCCACAAGUCUUCUUUUCUUCUACGCCGACUGGCCCAGGCGCUUCUUUGGUCGCUUUCCAGGCUUCCUUUGGCCCAUCCUGCCCACUGUGACUCCGCCUCCACAACCGAGCGCCUCAUGUCUGUAUCCCAGUGGGUCAAGGAGCUCGACGGCGCGAACAGACACCCAGACACUUCCGAAACCCUCCACACAACGCUUUAGACACAAGAUUGCUGCCAUCUUCACAAUUGUGUACAUCAUGGAGCAGUUUUUCAUGCCCUAUUCCCAUUUCAUUACAAAAGGCUACAAUAACUGGACUAACGGAUUGUAUGGCUACUCGUGGGACAUGAUGGUCCACUCUCGCUCCCACCAGCAUGUUAAAAUCACAUACAAAGAUGGAGUAACAGGAGAGAUCGGCUACCUUAACCCUGGGGUUUUCACUCAGAGUCGGAGAUGGAAGGAUCAUGGAGACAUGCUGAAGCAGUACGCCACCUGCCUAAGCCGCACUCUGCCCAGCUACAACAUCAGCGAACCUCAAAUUUACUUUGACAUCUGGGUGUCCAUUAAUGACCGCUUCCAACAGAGGAUAUUUGACCCUCGGGUCGAUAUUGUAAAAGCAGACUGGUCUCCGUUUCGUACCAACCCCUGGCUAAUGCCCCUGCUGGUCGAUUUGUCGCCAUGGAGGGCGAAAUUUGAGGAGAUUGAGGGGACACUGGAUAACCAGACAGAGGUGGUCUUUAUAGCUGACUUUCCAGGCCUCCAUCUAGAGAACUAUGUGAGCGAGGAUCUGGGGAACACCAGCGUUCAGGUCCUUCAGGGCAGCGUGAAGGUGGAAAUAGUGGAUGAGAAGAAGAACUACACACUCACUCCAGGGGAAAAGAUGCAGCUUCCUGCUGGAGCAUAUCACAAAGUGUACACUGUAACAGAUGCCCCAUCCUGCUACAUGUACAUCUACGUUAACACCACCGAUGCGGCGCUGCAGCAGAACUUCACCAAGCUUUUGGAGAUUCAGGAGAAAGUCCGCAACGGGACCGAGACCGAGCCUCUGCCCCCUGAGCUGCAGCCGCUUAUAAACGGUCUGGAUGAUGAGGGGUCAGAUGUCAACGCCACAGACCCACUGGUACGACUGUUCCUUAAGCGCCAGAAGCGCAUUCAGGAUGUGAAAAAACGUCGAGAGGCUUCUGUGCUCGAAAGAUUCAACCGAUUCACCAUGAAAAAGUACUACAUGAUCCGGCGAGGGUUUCUAAUGACUGCCAUUGCGAUGAGAAACCUGGUGUACGGUUUGCCUCCUAUGGAGCAGCUCAGGAGGGAAGUCGACUUCGCCAACAUGAAGGCACCAGAGACAGAUGUGAACCAAAACGAGCAGCUCAACAAUGAGGUGGGACACAGAGAGCUGUGACCUCACACACUGGAGCUGCGAGGUUCAAACAUUUAGGAACAUUCCAGAUCAGUGUGUGAAAAGGUUUACAGUGUUCUGAUUUCGUUAGCGAAGCACGAAUCCAGUCAUAAAUGUUAUGUUUGAUUCCUGCGUUGCUGUUUCAGAAAAUGAAAUCAGGUACGAUGUUACUGAAUUCGUUACGAUUUUCUUAACGUUGAAUUAUUUUCCCCCUUAACACUAACUGUUACAUACUAUGCAACCACAUGUUCUCUAUCGGAAUCGAUCUGUAAAUCUUGAUGUGCUACUGUAAUUUUUUAUAUCCUUUAAUCAAGCUUCCAUUUGGUUUAGCUGGAUUGUUUACAAGAGAAAUCGCCCUGAAGCUGUUGAUGUGAACAUGGUGGAAUAGGUGAAAAGAGCAGUGAUGAACAAAUUUUUAAUAUGCAAAUAAUUUUUUUAGAAGAAUAAAAACAAUGAAGCGUG